CAUAGAUGCCGCUACCCACCGUUGAAAGCCUCCUCCCUCGGAUUGCGACGAUAAAGAGCACGUUGUUCCUCUCCGUAUUGGUCUGCGACGUCACUCUCUUCAACCGUGCCAUUCACCCAUACACAUUAUUCACCAUCCAUCACUUGGCAUGCCUCACCCUGCUCCACCACGGUCUUCUUAUCUGCCUGUCCAUGAAAUGGCCCAAGGCAGUCGUCAGUCGCACGGGCACAUACAGCGUCUGGGCCAUAUUCCUCUCUUGGGUCGCUGUGGCGUGUCUCUUUAUCGCUGCCGUCGGUCGGGGUGUGUGUAUGCUUGAUCUGGACGAUGAGCGUGUUAGGUUGUUCGGGAUGGUAUUGAGGCCGACGGAGGUGCCUGUGCAGCUGCUGAUUGGCCUGUUUUCGUUGAUUGCCCAGCUUUAUCUGUUGGCGGCGAUAUGCAGGGAGUGCUAUGACGUUCGGGAGCUUUUGCAGGGAAGUGGGGAAGUUGUGCCUGAUGAUGAUGAGGAGGUGUUGUUGCCUUGUAAGACUACUUCGGAAAAGAUGGGUUAG